AUGGUGAGCCUCCCAGCCAUUCGCGCCCAUAAUGCAUCUCUCAAAUCCUUAGGUCCGGGUCUCGUAGCGGUCUUUGUUGGCGGUACCUCGGGCAUUUCCCUCUCUACAGUGCUCGCGUUCGCUCGCAACACUAUUUCUCCCAGAAUUUACCUCAUCGGCCGCAACCGGUCCGCCGCUGAUGCCGCUAUUGCCUCCGUCAAAAACAUAAACCCAUCCGCUGAGCCGGCCUUUCUCCAAUCUGAUAUAUCUCUCCUCAAAAAUGUUGAUAGAUUGUGCUGUGGGAUCGCAGCCAAAGAACGAAAAUUAAACCUGCUAUUCAUGACGCCCGGGUACAUGACCCUGAAGGGCCGGGACGAGACCACGGAAGGCCUAGACCGCAAAUUCGUGCUGCACUACUACGCGCGGAUGCGAUUCGUCGCCAAUUUGCUCCCCCUUUUAACCGCAGCCGCACAAGAUCCGUCAAUCGACACCAAAGCGAGACUUUCCCGUGUGGUUUCUGUUCUCGAUCCGCAUGUUGCUGUCCGUCUUGGUGGCUCCGGCAAACUUGAUUUCUCAGACCUCAGUCUGAAGCACACUUUUAGCCUCAACAAAUGCGGUGCGCACGCUAGCCUGAUGGGUGAUUAUUUCCUGGAAGGCCUAGCAAAGCGGAAUCCGCAUACUUCUUUUGUUCACGCGUACCCCUCCGGCGUGGCCACAAACUUGUUCCGUGAACUCCCAGCUGGGCGCGUGCUGGCGGCAGUACUAACGCCGCUGCUAAAACCAUUUAUGGUGCCGAUUGAGGAGAGCGGGGAGAGGCAUCUGUUUGCUGCCACGAGCGAGAAGUUCCCCUCGAAAGUUGAGGGUGAGGGUAUGAAGGGGUCGUGGCGUUCGCAGCGACGGGACGAAAGGGGAGUGGUUGUUACUGGGUCAAUUGGGAUGGGGAGGUAUUCCCAGCGAAUAAGAAAUUGGAAAGUACAAGGGAUCAGGGCGCGGUGGAGAAGGUAA